AUGAAAGGCUCCCGGAUCUAUAUUCCCCAGUGCUUGGUGGCCGAUACUCUUCAGCGUCUUCACGCCGGUCACCAGGGCGUCACCCGUACAACCCAACACGCCACAGUGUCAGUCUGGUUUCCUGGCAUCACCGCACGCAUUAAGGCUCUCGUGCAAGAUUGUAGCACUUGCAAGGCCUUCCGCCCGCCGCCGGUCGAGCCACUGCUCGCUCACCCCACACCGCCUCGCGCGUGGCACACCAUUGGCGCGGACCUCUGCCAGCUCUACCGCGCUCAGUACCUGGUGGUGGUGGACUAUUAUUCCCGCUAUCCAGAAAUUGCGUCCCUCACUUCCACGACAUCAGCACGGAUCAUCGACCAUCUCCACUCAAUCUUCGCCCGACAUGGCAUUCCAGCUGUCCUUCGAUCGGACAACGGUCCCCAGUUCUCGUCCGCUGAGUUUGCCCGGUUUGCAACCAGGGCCGGCUUCCAUCACAUCACUAGUAGCCCUCACUACGCACAGUCAAACGGCGAGGUUGAGCGUGCCGUCCGCACCGUGAAGGCGUUCCUGAAGAAGUCCGCCUCAGCAGCUGACUUAUAUGAUGCCUUGCUGGCAUAUCGGUCGACACCCCUCAGUUUCGCGCCGUACAGCCCGGCGGAGCUACUCAUGGGUCGCCGCCUCGCAACGCCGGUUCCAUCACAGUCAGCCCAGCUCCAGCCCAGCUCAGUGGACACGGAUGCCUUCCGUGCAGCCGACACAGCGCAACGCCAGAAGUCCGGAGCUCAGUACGACCUGCGGCACAGAUUCCUCUAG